GACAUGGCCAAUUGGGACGAAGGAUGCAUCGUCGACAACCUGCUGGCCGAGAUCAGGAAGGGCUGCAGGCUGAGGAAGACAAGGCCACGGGCAGAGCCGGACGAUGGGGUUGAAGUCACCCCGGGGUCACGCAGAUGUCAGCGGCCCAAGACAAGCCAGAUUUGCCCGAGAAGCCUCGGGAGGAGGUCCGGACUCCCACACAUCCACCUGCUGGAACCAGACCAGAACCAGAGCCAGACAGAGCUGCCUCAGAGCUCCAGGGCCUCGGUGAACCCCUGCAGCUGAGGUCCAGGGUCCGGCGCAGCAGGAAGUCCAGCACGCAGCUAGUCAGCAGGAUGUGACCCAGGUCAACAGGAGCAAAGAUCCUAACCCGGAAGAUUCUGCUCCCCAGAACGCAUCGAACACCUUAGACACCAGCCCGGCAGGUAGAGUGAGGCGCUGUGCUCUCUGCUUCAGGCUUUGAGCACGCUCAGUGCUGCUGUUUGUUUCUGAAACAUGGAAAUUUUAAUGCUUCCUGUCCCACAGCCCACCCACACAG